UCGUGUCGCGAACGCGCGCCUAGGCUUCGCAGCGGCGACUUCACCAAGUCUCCUUGGUAGAAGUAAAAUGCCAGAACUCGACCAGAUUUGUGAACCUUCUUUUUCUCUCAUUCUUGUUAACGACAGACGCUGUUGCUUAAUAACCUUGUUAUGUGUGAUUCGCCAGGGGGUACAGACAUCCGUGGCUCUUGCCAUUUUGUGACAAAACAACAAACACAUUGUUUGGAAACAUCGAUAUUGUGAGAGGAAGUGAAACAAUUUGUAGAGAGUUACAGAAACACUUUUCCCCUCAACUCGUUCUGUUUGACAUUAACAAUCGGAUACUCUUUCUUCCUUCUGUUUAGCUCGUGUGUUCCAAAAGUGGUUCUUGAGAGUUCAUAUCCGUGUUAGUCAGCUGCUCGUGUGUCUGGGCGUGUGUUUGCUGUUGUUUUCCCCUCCUGGAAAGGAUGAGUGUGUUGUUGCUUUGCUGUGAGUAAGGUUAUCCUGACGCAAAGCUUUUGUUUGACUCGUUGUUUGACGAAUCGAAAAUCAAGACUGGUUUGGAACGACAACAAAAUAAAUUAUUUCUGGAUAAUCUGCAAAAGGCAGGUUCCGAUCUUGUCCCCACUUGGCGUCCGUCGUUAACUCCUCUCAGGACUCCCCGGGCAGCGAUAUGGCUCCCAUCACGGAUCACGAGGGGAACAUCAUCCACACCACUCCCGCCACACAAAACACUCUCCAGGUGGACGGACUCAAACCAGAGCCUGGAGGCGUCCGCUCAGCUGUAGCAACACCGACGCCCCCUUCGACCCCCGGAAGCAGUCGACGUAGGGAUCCAAUGACGUCAUCAUUCGCGUCCAGGUCUCAGAGCCAGAGUAACGGCGUGUCCCCGGCGUCCACACCAAAACUUUCCCGGCGUUCUAGAGCGGAUACUGGUGGUGGUGCCGGAAGCAAUCACAUCCCGCGGACCUACUCUGCUGACAGUCAUGGGUGUAAGGAUGACAGUGACAGCGCUGACGGUGCGGGAUUUUUCGCCCUCGGUGGCCAGCCUUUCAAGGACGAUAACGUCCUGAAGAGGUUUCAAGAUGCCACUUCGCCUAGGGACACCGGUAGCACCAGCCACUUGCCUUUCGGAGACAGCCUGGACCUUCUAGAUGCUGACAGGCUGAGUGACACUGAUGAUGCGUCUUCCAUGCAUGUGACGAGGAGACAGGCACGCCAUCAUCACCAGCUGGAGCAACAUCACCACUAUCAGGACACUAGUGAUGACAGCGUGGAUAAGUGUAACCGCUGGCUUCAGAGUCUAAAACUGAACAAGUCAGACAAGAUCAAAUCAAGAAGUCACAUUCAACUUCCACCUAUAUGAGUUACGCUGCGGUACUAAUGGCUCCAAGUUUUGCAAUUAUUGUGCUACAAUAUACGUAUUAUGGGUCCAGUGCAUAGGUCAUCCAUUGAAAAAAGGAAACGGGUAAAUGGAGAUAAAUAAUGUAUUACAUGAGUUGCUGUGGUAGAUAUGAUUUAUCCUACGGGUGAAAUUGCCAAGUUGUAUUCAUGAGCAAUUCCUCAAGUAGGAUAAAUCAUGGUCUACUACCAUAACCAGUGUAAUAAAUGUUUAUACCAUACUGGUAACAGCGGGCGAAAUAGAUCCGUACCAACAAAGUUCAAAUGAACAGCCAAGUAGACAUGAGGAUCUAUUCAAGAGUCUCACUUAAAAACAAAAUGUUCAUGACCGUCGGAGUCAGAGUGAGGAUUUUAAAGAUCUAGAUUGCUUUCCUUUAUUUUUAGCCACGCUCAUUUACAUGUUGUGCUAUCCGUAUGUCUCUCUCCGCGAAAUAAACCCCAAACGAAACAAUAAUAACGCAAGCAUAGGCAAAGCAAGCAGAAAACGUAAGAUUCCAAGUUAAAAAAUUAAGAAACUGCGUUUAUAUGACAUGUUGUUGUGGGAAUAGAGAUUACUUUGAUUUUAAACUUUGCAAUCAAAACAAACCAAAGGCUAGGAGUUAUUUGCUAGCAUAGACGUGUGCAGUGCACAAAAUACAUCAAAUGCACUCUGACGUAAUCCCGGUUCUCUAUACUGCGCACCAUUUGACUCAGUUUGGAUCAAAUUUAAGGGAAACGUAGAGAGUUGUGCCUACUCUCUACUACUAUAGGGACGGUGGGAUACUGGGGUUUGGCACUUCAUUUUUUACAGGGGGAAAGAGCGGCUACCGUGACAAAGCACGAUCUAGGAAUAUUAUGAUUCAAGUCUAUACUUUGCUUAUAGCUACAGUGGGAUAGAAGGCGGAUAUAGUGCCCGGAAUAAUAUUAAUAUAUGCAUUUUUUUAAAAACUUCACGUGUGAGAGAUAUCAGCUUAGCCUAUAUAUCACGUAAGGGUUUAUUUCACCGUAAUAGCAAUGCUAAAAAAA